AUGCCAGACACGGUAAACUUGGUCCUCAUUUCACAAGGAGCGGCCUAUGGCUUGCUCAUUGGACUGGGUGUUUUGUUCUGCGGAGUGAUUCUCAUAGCCGUCAAAAUCCAAAAGGCAUAUCUCUCCGAGGACUCGGGCAAGUCCGAGAUGUUCAUGGUCGCCAAUCGAUCGGUAGGGACAGGUUUAACAGCAUCGGCUGUGUUCUCGUCAUGGAUGUGGAUUAAUGAGACUGUGCUGGCCGCGGCAAUGUGCUAUCGAUAUGGAUUGGCCCUUCCUCUGUGGUGGGGCUCUGGCCUUUGCUUUCAAAUCGCAUUGAUGGCUGCGCUCGGCGUGAUGGCCAAAAUACGAGUCCCCUACGCGCAUACCUCCCUCGAGAUCGUGCGGAUGCGAUAUGGCAAGAUUGGACAUCUUGUGUUUAUUGUUCUGAACCUGGUGAAUAAUGUUUUUGGGUGUGCCUCGAUGAUCAUGACCGGCUCACAACUCAUUCAUUAUGUUUCUGGCAUGCACUUUGUGGCAGCGACAAUACUUAUUCCACUAGGAGUGGUCCUAUAUACUGCCGUUGGAGGUUUGAAGGCCACAUUCCUGACAGACUUUCUCCACACAGCUAUUGCUUUAAUUCUUAUUAUCUAUUUCACCCUUGCUGUUUUAACAAAUCAGGCAGUAGGUGGUUUGGGUGGUCUGUAUGACAAAUUAGUGGCUGCUGCGAGCGAGAACUAUGUGUCAGGAAAUUACGAGGGGUCAUUACUUACUUUCAAGUCGAAAGGGGCAAUUAUCUGGGGGUUGAUCCUUAAAUUUGGAAAUUUGGCACUCGUCGUUAUGGAUACCGCAUUCUGGCAAAAGUCAUUUGCGACUGAGGUUCGGGCGACAGUACCAGGGUACAAUAUUGCUGCACUGGCUGUCUUUGGUAUCCCGUGGGGGCUUGGGACUGUGAUCGGUCUCACGGCUCGAGCUAUCCAUAAUACCCCCAUCUUUCCAACCUACCCGGGCCAGCUCACUUCUACUGAAGUCAGCACGGGCAUGGUAAUGCCCUUUACUAUUAAAGCCCUAAUUGGUGAUAAAGGAAUUAUCGGUUUCUUUUUCCUGCUGUUCAUGGCACUAACCAGUACGGUUUCCUCUUCCAUGAUAGCGGUCAGUAGCAUUCUAUCUUAUGAUGUCUACAAGACCUAUCUCAACCCCAAGGUCACGGACAAACGACUUGUUAAAGUGAGCCACUUGACUGUAAUUAUUCACGGUAUCUUCAUCACUGGAAUCUCAAUUGCCAUGAACUAUGGAGGGGCCAACAUGACUUGGAUCAACUACCUGCGGCCCGUGAUUUCGUGUCCCGGAAUUAUUCCCUUGGUGUUGACGCUAUUUUGGUCACGUCAAACACGAUUGGCUGCUAUUGUUUCACCAAUUCUUGGGUUUUUCACAGGCCUUGCUGUAUGGUUAGCCACAGCCAAAUCCAUGUACGGUGCGGUGAAUAUCGAUACUACAUCAAACGAAUAUCCCGCACUUUAUGCAGCUAUAGCUUCAUUUUUCUCGCCUGCCCUUUACUCUGUUGUCUUGUCAAUUUACAAGCCAUAUAGGUUUGACUGGCGCGAGUUCUUGCGAAUUGAACUCGCAGACGAGAAACAGCUUCAGGUCGGGUCUGAUACCUCCACGAUUGACGAUACCAGUGACGAGGAAAGACGAACAAAUGUGAAUAAAAAUACACCGAUUAAGCAGCUUCCAGAUACUGCUCAACUAAAGCCUUCUGACGAAGCAAAUGACGGUAGCCCUGACGUUAACAACGAAAAGGGCCCUGAGCAUGCUGCCUCGUCAGUUUCAACUAUACAGCUUAGCCUGGAUGACAUCCAGCAUCCAUUUGAUGAUGCCACGUUGAAGGAGCUACACAGAUGGUUGAAGAUUGCUUGUGUCAUGUUUGUCAUUAUUGUUCUUGUUACAAUCGUCGCCUGGCCCCUUCCGCUAUAUCGCGACUACAUUUUCACCAAAUCAUUCUUCUCUGGUUGGACGACAGUUGCCAUAAUGUGGCAAUUUGCUGCAUUUGGCGCCGUUGUCAUCUUCCCCCUGUACGAUGGGAGAGAUGCCAUUGCUACGGGCGCCCGUGGUGUUUGGAAAUCUUCUCGCGAGUAUUUCGGGUAG